UGCGCGUGAUUAGGUCGGUGCGAUCCGCAGCUGGCAUCACGCGCGUCUGGGGAAGAGAAGUUGACAGGAGAGCAGAAAGUAUGGGAGACGUUCUUCAAAGUACCAGACAGUGCUCCAACACAAGUCCGACAUACUUGUAGGUGGUCUGUGAACUCACAGCAGCGGGGAACCGUAAUGGAUAACUCGGGAGGUAACGGAGACCCGGCCGCGGAGAGCAGCGGCUCGGCUCGCGGAGAGGAGUCCGGCAGCGGAGCGCGGCCGGAGCCGUAUCUCACCUGUCUCCCGGAGAGCUACCGGACCGCCAAGUUCACCCUGGCGGCUUACCUGCUCUGCUGGGCUCUGCUCAGAUGGUACCAGAAAUUCAGAUGCCAGUCUGCUCCUCCACAACCCCAGGAAGCCCUCGAACACUCCCCCCACCUCUCUGAAGGAUUAGGCUUAGAGGAGGGGGAUUUGGGUGCUGACUCCCUGGAAUGGUGCGAGGGACGCACAGCAGGGGGUGACACAUCGGAUGAGUAUUUUGACUCCCGCUCACGGCACAGUGACACCCUGUCAGAUUUUAGUCUGGAUGGGGAGGACUCUCUGGACGCCCUGCUGGGACUGGAGGAUGCCUACCUUGGUCGGCGAGCAACAGGCAACACCUUCCGCACUGGAGCCAGACGGAGAGAGUCAGUGACGACUAAGGACGAACACGGAGAUGCCACGGAGACUUAUGUUGGACGAUUUAGAUGUAGCAGGAGGAAAAGCCCAGAGAACCACGUGGACCCUAAUAUUCCCUCGAAGCUCAGCACUAGAGACCUGUGCUCAGUUCAGAUUCGACCCUGUCCAAGUACAGAGGAACUAAAACAAGACUUUAACCAAGAACAAGUUUGCACAGAAACUCAAUUCAAGGGCAGCACGGAGCCAUACAGUUUACAUGUACAAAGCCAACACAACACAGACACCUUUGACAAGAAGGUAAAUAGUGCACCAGACACUCAGGAAGUGAAGCUGCAUGCACAGCCUGAAGAAAGCAAUCCCAGCAGACUAAAUGAAUCUACAGAAACAUGCAUGCUACAUAUAACGACCACAGAGGGUAGGGUUGUGGAGACACAACAACAAAUAACACAUGAACACAACACAAGGUUACAGACAAGUUACACAGGUGGAAAAUGUGUAAAUAAGAAAAACAGAGAAAGAUUAGAAGUCUGUAAUGUUAAGGAUGUAGAAGUAGAGACUAUUGAACUACUCAACACUUACUCUGUAGAGAAAAACACAAGUUUAAAAAGAUGCAAAAGUGACUGUAGUGAUAGAUAUCACAUAAAGAGAGAACAUGUAGAACACCAGGGUAUAAUCAAUGAAGACAAAGACAUACAGGCUCUAAAAGUGCACAAGGACAAAGGGGACUUGUGCCAGAGUGUGGGGACAUAUUGUAAUGGACCACAUCAUAAAAUAGAGAGUCAUUGUAAAGACAACAGAUGCAUAGCUGAUGCACAUUUCCCUGAUCUAAUAAAUACACAAACACAUGACAGUCCCUGUACAUCAACAUACUUUAAAUCUGAGACAAAAUACUCAGAUUCUCAGUUAAUUACAGAAAUUGUAGCAAAUCCAAACCUCACAGAAGCACAUGGUGCAAAGACAAAUAGUGCAUCACAUAACACAAAGCUCAGAGACACACUCAAUACAGGGAAUAUAUUGGCACACACGGUGGAUUUUUGCUGUUCACAAACUCUGGGUGAGGAAAGCUCCAACAGAGGACUGUCAGAUAUCCAGCCUCAGGUUUGUACUAUUGAAACAAAGCCCCAGGAUAAAGCAAGGGUGUCAGGUGUCUGCUUUCAGACGGAGCAGUUUGGGUGUGUUGGUGCUGCAACAGAGGGGACCGCACCACCUGGGACAGUAAAUGAAAUUUGUUCAUCCAUCACAUUUUCUGCAGAGACCACAACAUCUUUUCCAUUGGAUACCUGUUCUACUAAGCUGACUGUGGUUCCAAAGGCUUCUACACUAGCCUCACCUGUCCAACCAGAUCAGAAGCCACCUCAGAGCGGGGUUAGUAAGGGUCUGAUCCCUAAUCACUUGGAACGGGGGGUUGCUACAAUAGAAAUACCCCCUCAUAGGCAGCUCCAUUCGGUGGAUAAGCUUUUGGAGAGGGCACAGUCAAGCUCUGUAGAACCAGGACCUGACUCAACUCACAUCCAAUCUUUCACUUGUAAGGAUUCUGAUGAAUGUCUGCCUAAUCACCUAUUCUCAAAUUACCGACUGUUUUGUUCUGGCAACCAAGGAGCAGAGGAUACCUCCCGUUUGUUAUCAGAUUACUUUGGAGGAGAGCAGAGGAGGGAAGGAUCACCCUGCUCUUUUCUCGAGGAAAACAAGGAGCAGGUGGAGGGCUAUCAUGCUUAUCAUGGCCACGAACAAAUUGUGGACGCAGUAAGCAAUGUCAAUCUUCCACCGUCAAAAUUUGGCACAACAGAGCCUUCAGAACACAUUGAGCUAAGAGUCAUUCCAAAAGCAAUUGCCAGUGAUCCAGAUGCCUACUUUACUCAGCAUGUGCCUAGAAGGAUAGGAAAGACAUUAACCCGUCCUCCUGCUACUGAGUCCAUUCAGGACAGUAGCAGAGAACACCCAGGUGUAGCUCACAAGGCCAUCUCCCUGACAAACAUAGACACUACUGUCGGCACACUUUCUAGUCAUUGUAAGCAAGUUCAACGGGUGCUCAAGAUCCCUGAACCUCCCAGUAGCCUGAACGCCUCUUUUUCUCUGCUCUCAGACUCCAACAAUAACACCAAUGGCGGUAUAAAAGGGGUGGGAAGACGGGAGGGUUUAGGCUGUUUCUCACGGGGAGCCCAAAGCAACUACGGAAGUAAUGAGAGAAUAAUUUGUCCUGUGGUUGAACUAUCAACAAAUGUGACCAAUGACUCCUUGGAAGAUGUAGACAAGCCCCAGGGAAAUUCUGAGGUGUUCCAGCCUUCACUGCACCACGGACCCAACUGGAGCAGUGAGGGGAAAAGCCUUACUAGCCACAGCCAUUUAAGGCUGGCUCAUGCAGAUGAACUAGAAAAGCUAAAGACAGAGAAGAGUAUUGAGGAUAAUACUGUCUUUAGUCUAGAGUUUAAGUGCUCUAACUCUGAAAUAAAUGAAGGCCUUCAACUCUUGGUGUCAAAUUCAGAGAGCAGAGACCUUUUAAUGGACAGUGCAUUUAAAGCGACAGAGGGGCACUAUUGCAGCCAAACAGUGGAUCACAGCUUUUCUAACAGAAAAAGAGGUAGCUUAUCCGAAUCAUUUGAGGAAAAUACACUGGCUGAGGAGUAUAGAGACCACACACAGGUCACAUUGUCAGCUCCACCGCAGGAGGUCAGGAUAGUGAGGUACUCGCACCCUGAAGUCAGCCCCAACCUGCUUGCUGUCAGUAGUUUAGAGCCAAUUCUGGAGGCUGAGCGUUCACUGGAAAAUUGUGGCACAACAGAGGAUGAUUUUAAAAUAGAAACAAAGAUAGAAUAUGAAGUCAUGAGGCCUGAUGAGGAAGUUGGGGAUAUUGCUAACCGUUCAGGGCACAUAUCCAUUCCCAGGAGUCCACACCACCAGCCUGAGCAGGAAGAAGAACCUUUGACCUCAUCAGAGUUAGAAGCUGAGGUAAACUCAGCAACACCUUUUCUAUGUGGUAGUGGAGAAAAUCACUGUAGAUCUAUGACUGUUGCCUAUGAUGCCGUGUCUUACACCUCAGUUAGCAGCAACUGCGAUGAGUUUGAGGAUCCUCAGUUUGCUCUUUCAGCCAGAAAUGCCAACCUUGACAAAGUGACCAAGAAAAGCAAAACAAAAGGCAACCAGACAGGAAAUAAAGGAUCUAAGUUUUCUGUAUUUGCUAAAAUGCCUUCUUUUAGGAAGGCUAAGGGCUCAAAGGGUGCCACAAGUGAGGAGGUAACCCAGGAGUCAUCAGAUGGGGGAGGUGAGGGCCUUCUGUCUGAGCAAGGGCCACAAAGGGACAACUCAGAUGAUGAGGUUUUUGUCAAAGGCGACAUGCUCAACCAAGCAGUCCACCAAUCAUUUUCCUCAUUGCAUUAUGAGAUAGAAGAAGAGGAAUGUGGCUUGUUCCCCCAUACUCCCCACACUCGCCCUGUCCGUCAGCUAGUCAGCCAAGGGAGUAAUCGGGAAGGAAAUGGAGGACCAAGCCCAGACAACCCCCUCCUCAAUGUAGUCCAGUCACCUAAUGGGCAGACAUACAAGAGAAGCAAGAGCAAUGACAGUUUAAACAUCCGCAUGCGCUUUGCACAAGCACACAAGUCCCUUUCCAGCCUGUUUGAGUCCCGUUCAAUGGAUAAGGAGAAUGAGGAGCAGGCCACUGUAAGCAUUGAUGUGGAUUCUGGUAUAGCCAAACAAUCUUUGAGGAAGAUAAAAAAGGCCAAGGAGGCUGAGCUGCUGAAAAGAACUAUUUCAGUGCCAGAUGAGGAAUGUAGCAGCACAGCUUCUGGACAGAGCUGUGAAGACAUAACAUCUUCUCCACUCCAGGACAUGCUCAGUAGUCCUGGGUCACCAACCUCCCUCAGAGCCCUUCGCCAUACUGAUCCCAUCUCCAAGCGGGGAGUCCCACAAGGGAGUGGAAAGGAAAACCCCCAUGGGUGCAAAUCUGAGGGCCAGAGAAGAAAAUGUUCACCAAAUGAUCUACCUACCACACAGUGUGUGUCUGGCCUUCCUCCAUGUUUAGAUGACUCUGCAGUCCCACAACCCAUUCACACCAGCCCUGUUUCACCUUCAAGUUCCUGCUCAUUAGCCGCCCUUGCUCAUCAGUUUUCGCCGGCAUGGACCAAGUCCCACCCAGUGGCUAGUGAGAGUUUGACUAAGGGACCCCUAAGGCCAAUGAGCCCUAAACCUAACAGUCCUCGGCCAUCGGCUCAGCGUAAAAUGUUUUGCUUCUCUCACUCGGCAAGGGCCAGUUCUGUCUGUCCUAUCGUUCUGGGCCAGUCAGUCAGCGUGGAGGGAUUAACAGACCCCCCCGAGAGACCUAAGACCCUAAAACCAUCAGCUAGCCCUCUGGGUCUCAGCCUCAGCCCUCUGGAUGCAGCCGAAGGCAGAAUAGACAGCCAGUCACACAUCAGCCUGUAUGCCAUUGGCUCUAUCAACGAAUUAGAGGGCACACAAAAUGUUGGACGACCUGCCAGCCAGUCCAGAACAAGACGGCUGUUGGAGAUGAAGAGCGAGGGGAAGGCCUCUGUGGUUCUUGGUAGGCUGAGGUCUGGCUGCUGGGUGGAUGUGGGCCAUGAUGGAGGAGGCCAUCAGCGAAGGCCAAAGUUCUCAGAUGACCUCUGGAUUGAAGAGCAAAAGAAAAACAAACGUAAACUGGCCAGAGCAAUCAGGGGGAGCCUGGGCCAACUCAACACGCUGCUGUCUGAAGACAUGGACAAAACUGAUGCUGGAGUCACCCUAGGGCCCAUUGAGGCCUUCCGGGGGAUGCCCCUCAAAGCCCACUGCUUUUCUCAGAGCACCCCCAUCGGUCUGGACUGCCUGGGCUGGAGAAGACACAUCUCGUACUUCUCGGUGGUUGUUCCUGACGGGGCGUCAGAGAGGGCGGGACACAGGGACGAGCUGGGCAGCGAAGAGGAUCUGCUGUAUGAAGAGUUUCGCAGUUCUGGACAUCGUUUUGGACAUCCGGGAGGAGGCGGUGGAGAGCAGCUGGCCAUCAAUGAGCUCAUCAGUGACGGCAGCGUGGUGUAUGCAGAGGCCCUCUGGGAUCAUGUCACCAUGGACGACCAGGAGCUGGGCUUCAAGGCCGGCGACGUCAUCGAAGUAGUGGAUGCCACUAACAAGGAGUGGUGGUGGGGUCGCAUAGUGGACAGCGAGGGCUGGUUCCCUGCCAGCUUUGUACGGUUGCGUGUGAACCAGGACGAGCCCAUGGAGGAGUAUCUGGCCCACUUGGAGGAGGCUCAGGGUGGGGAGGAGAACCGGGCAGGUCUGGGCUUGUUGCUCGGACCUGGUUUACCCUGCAAAGAACAGAUGAGGACCAACGUCAUCAAUGAGAUCAUGAGCACAGAGAGGGACUACAUCAAGCACCUGAAAGACAUCUGUGAGGGUUACAUCAAACAGUGUCGCAAGCGCACAGACAUGUUCACUGAAGAGCAGCUUCGUACCAUCUUUGGCAACAUUGAAGAGAUCUACCGAUUCCAGAGGAAGUUCCUGAAAGACCUGGAGAAGAAAUUCAACAAGGAGCAGCCGCACCUCAGUGAGAUCGGUUGCUGCUUCCUCGAACACCAAACAGAUUUCCAGAUCUACUCAGAGUAUUGCAACAACCACCCCAACGCCUGCGUCCAGCUCUCCAAGGUCAUGAAGGUCAACAAGUACGUGUUCUUCUUCGAGGCCUGCCGACUCCUCCAGAAGAUGAUCGACAUCUCCUUGGAUGGCUUCCUGCUGACCCCAGUUCAGAAGAUCUGCAAGUACCCGCUGCAGCUGGCUGAGCUGCUCAAAUACACCAACCCACAGCACAGGGACUACAAAGAUGUAGAGGCGGCCUUAAACGCCAUGAAGAAUGUGGCCAGGCUGAUCAACGAGAGGAAACGACGCCUUGAGAACAUCGACAAGAUCGCCCAGUGGCAGAGCUCCAUAGAGGACUGGGAGGGAGAAGACGUCCUCAGCAGGAGCUCUGAUCUCGUCUUUUCAGGGGAGUUGAGCAAGUUGUCCCAGCCUCAGGCCAAGAGUCAACAGAGAAUGUUUUUCCUCUUUGAUCAUCAGAUGGUGUACUGCAAAAAGGACCUCCUGAGGCGAGACAUGCUGUACUACAAGGGUCGGAUGGACAUGGACCACAUGGAGGUGAUAGACGUGGAGGAUGGAAAGGAGAAGGACUUCAACAUCAGCGUGAAGAACGCCCUGAAGCUGCGGUCGCUGGCCGGUGACGAAAUCCACCUGCUGUGUGCCAAGAAGCCGGAGCAGAAGCAGCGCUGGCUCCGAGCCUUCGCUGACGAGAGGAUCCAGGUCCAGCACGACCGCGAGACAGGAUUCUCUCUCACGGAGGUCCAGAAGAAACAGGCCAUGCUUAAUGCCUGCAAACGCCACCAAGCUGGGAAACCCAAAGCAGUGACCAGACCUUAUUACGACUUCCUCCUGCGACAGAAACACCCCUCUCUCCCCACUGCUUUGCCCCAGCAGCAGGUCUUCAUGCUGGCUGAGCCCAAGCGCAAAACCUCCACCUUCUGGCACAACAUCGGCAGACUGACACCCUUCAAGAAGUAAAGGAGGGGAAAGGAAAGGAAAAAGCUACGGGGAAGAACAGAGGAGGAGAAAGACAAGAGCUCUCUGCUCGUGCCUGAAUAGACCCUUUUUAAUUAUCUCUUUUCUUUCCUACUCGUAACCUUGCCCUAAUUGACAUACUGAUUUAUUGUAUAGAUGAGGAUGAUUAUGAUGAAGAGGAGAUUAUUUUUUGAAAGCACUUUAUCGGUUGGUUAACAAUCAGACUUGAGAAUGGUCUCCUGGAGACACAGAGUGGAACGGGGAGAGUGGACUCUUGCUUAACUUGCUACUACUACUACUACACCUUCAAUCAAGCGCCGAUUGGUACUAAUACUACUACUGCUGUGAGCGAGCGCGGGACUCUGAUUGUGCUGCCUCUGUGAAGACGUUGGCUGUUGUGUCAUUUAUUUCCACUGUUGUAUUGUUUUAUGAUUUCAGAUGCCAAGUGUUCACAGUGCCAGGUGAUAUGUUUUUAUAUUUGUUUGUUCUGUGUCUGUUUAUGGAAAAAGAAAAGAAAAGGGAGCAUUGAGAGGGGGGGGGGUCGCUUCCUGUGCUUUUCUCUGUGCUAAUGUGUCAUUUCAGGAACAUUUCAGCUGGGUUUUUAAAAGUGUUUUGUGAUCUCCAUCCGCCGGGGUUUGAUUCUGUCCGUCUCUGGUGCAUUUAUAGUAUUGUGCAAACACUUGAUAAAAGUCAUGAAAUGCAACAAGAAGAAGAUUCAACUCGUCACAGAUUAAAAGCUUUUUAUUCAAACAAAAAGCAGAAACUCACAAACACAUUCCUCGAGUGUGAUCCUCGACUCCUCCUCUUCAUGCCCACCAUGUCAAAGACACUUAAUUAAUAGCCUGUUGUUUUGUUCUUCUCUUUUUUUAAAGUGCCAUUUGAAGUGUGUCAUGGAUGACUUACAAUGACAUGCAUGGAUGUGAUGAAAAAGUACUGUGAAGAAUAUUUUUUUAUCUCUGAAGAACCCUGCUAUAUUUAACCAGAUUCAGGAACUGAGGUUUCAUUUUGCUACUAGGCUGACAGCAACACACACAGACACACACACAGACACAGACACACACACACACACACACACACACACACACACACACGUUCUUUGAUCUACCGUUCCUUCUGAUAGCCAGUAUUCCUGCUCCGUGUAUCUGGUCUCCAGUAUAAUCUAAACAGCCCAGUGAUUUCACUCUGUAAGUGCAUUCAGUGAGAUGUGCUCCUUUCACCUUUAUGUUCAAAUGUUUUUGCUUCUGACGAUAUGGAAUAUUAAACAUUCCGAAGUUGACAAUUGUGA